CCAUCUAGGGUUUGAGUAGUGUGGUGGUUUCAGGUAAGAAUCCGUUCGAAGAACACCGGUGGUUGUAGUAAUCUCUUGUUCACACCGAGAUACAGUAAUUCCGAGGAAUAAUCAUGAGGCCGAUCUUAAUGAAAGGGCAUGAGAGGCCUCUGACUUUCCUCAAGUAUAACAGAGACGGAGAUCUUCUCUUCUCCUGCGCUAAAGAUCAUACUCCUACCGUCUGGUUUGCCGACAAUGGCGAGCGUUUAGGCACCUACCGUGGCCACAACGGCGCCGUUUGGUGCUGCGACGUUUCAAGGGAUUCAACGAGAUUGAUUACAGGGAGUGCAGAUCAGUCUGCUAAGCUCUGGGAUGUUCAAAGUGGAACACAACUUUUUACUUUUAAUUUUGAUUCACCUGCUAGAGCUGUUGAUUUUUCUGUUGGUGAUAAGCUUUGUGUAAUGACCACCGACCCGUUUAUGGGUCUGCCUUCUGCUAUUCACGUGAAGCGAAUUGCUGCGGAUCCUGAUGAUCAGAUUGGUGAAUCUGUUCUUGUGCUGAAGGGACCUCAAGGAAGAAUAAAUAGAGCUGUUUGGGGACCUUUAAACAGGACAAUUAUUAGUGCUGGUGAAGAUGCUGUGAUUAGAAUUUGGGAUACAGAGACAGGAAAAUUGCUACAAGAAAAUGAUAAAGAUGUUGGUCACAAGAAGACAAUUACAUCGCUUGCUAAAUCAACUGACGCCUCACACUUCCUCACAGGGUCGCUAGAUAAGUCAGCGAAGCUCUGGGACAGUAGAUCAUUGACAUUAAUCAAGACAUAUGUUACCGAGCGACCAGUCAAUGCUGUUGCGAUGUCUCCACUUCUUAAUCAUGUGGUUCUUGGAGGUGGUCAGGAUGCAUCAUCUGUUACCACAACUGAUCAUCGUGCUGGGAAAUUCGAAGCCAAAUUUUAUGACAAGAUUCUUCAAGAGGAGAUUGGAGGCGUGAAAGGACAUUUUGGUCCUAUAAAUGCUUUGGCAUUUAACCCUGAUGGUAAAAGUUUCUCUAGUGGAGGUGAAGAUGGGUAUGUGAGGUUGCAUCACUUUGAUCCAGACUACUUCAAGAUCCCAUCAAUUUGAUAUGUGACAUCGAAUGACGGCAGGAUAAUAUUUUCUGAAUCAUUCAGUUUAGGAUUGAAGCGGGAAUUUUAUUGUUUCUUAUGUAAUGUGAUCGUGAUUUUGUUUAAUUAGAUUUUGGGCAGUUUAUGAGGUAAAACUAUCUUGUUAUUCUAUCA